AUGGAGAGGCCAAAAAUAACGCCGUGGAAGGACCUUUCCCAGCUUGUCUCAGUUCGAGAGCAGUUCUAUCGCAAGUCAGACGAUGACGAAGAUUGCCGGGCCAAGGCUUGUUCGUUGGUCUGGGUAUGGAAGCUCAGAGGAAAUCUACCACAUGCAGUCGAAGCUACUGCACUGCUGACGGACGCGAUAUUACACGACGACCCGGACAAGAAUUCCAUAUUUUCGAUUCGUGCUGCCUACUCUCUAGCUUUCUGCAGAUUUGUAACUGGUUUGGUUGAUUCAAAGCUCCAUGGACGAAAACAGUCCAUGUAUCAAAAGGCAAUGGCCGUUGGUGUACCGGCUUCAUUUGUAGAGCUACGCCAUGAAGCUACUCAUAGGGACUUACCGUCUCUUGUGGUUCUGAGAGAUGCUGCUACACGGUCAAUGAACUGGCUCUGGGAAUUCUACUGGGAUAAGAUUGACGAUGGCAGCCGCUGCAUAUGUGAACCCUUCCCGGAGGAUGAGCCAGAACUCAACGAUGAUGAGAAAUCAGACAUCUUGCUGCAGAGCCUAACCUUUCUGCUUCGCCCGCUCAUCGACUAUAUUUAUACAACAGCCGGAAUUCGUGAACACCGGAACCGAAGAAAACAGCAGCCAGGAGUUAAAGAGGACGCCAUUCGAAACAUCGUUGCACUAUGUCGUAAGGAGAAAUUGGCUGGAGCCCAGCUGGUAGAGAUCUUAAUAGAUCGGGAUGUUGGUCACCUCAGUUCAUGCGGUUACGGAAAGGAUGACACGGAAGCUGAGGAGGAAGAUGAGGCACUAUUCGUUGUUUGGGAUGAUGUAUUAAAGGAGUUAUCCCGUUCCUACGAACCGUUCCUUACUUUGUUAGUGGAAGGGAUGACAGCCGUCUUAGUCUCCGCCGAUGCAGACAAUUUCUUGGAUGUUGAGGAUUGGGGUGACCUAAUAGGAGAAACCUUCGAGGAAGAACUAUUCCAGUGGCUGGAACAUAUCCUUACUGACGACGCGUGGGCGUCACUACGCAAUCAAUACCUUGUCCCAACUCACGCUAGAGCUAUCUGCCUUGAAUCAGGCUCAGCCGAAGGAUUCUGGGCUUCAGAGAUAAGCGAGAUAUUGCCGGGCGCUUAUAUUCCUCGUAAAACUGAAAACUACACACCGUCCGGCGCUCCAGACCCCUCGAUUGACCAAAACCCGGACAUAGCUGUGUUACAGAACUACGGGUGGGAUUUUGGACAGGCGAUAUCAUGCAGGUCGAUAGGGGCCAGUAUAGACCCCUGA